AUGGCUAGCUCAGCGGUACCGGGCAUUCCUCCAGGAGCUGUUGGUGACAUGCACGCUAAAGUUAACGCGCACCACAUAGAAGUAGAAGCCACCAUCGCUGAGGCUGAGGAGUUGCGGAGACAGCUCACACAUCUCCUCGGCUUGGGGCCUCGUGACGGUAGUGAUGCCUAG